AUGAGUUAAAAAAAUUACCAAAUAAACAUGGAUCACAAAGCUCUGAUCUUUUAGAACUCUCAAAUAGUCAAUCUGGUUAAAUCAAUUAACUGCACUUUAUCUUCAAUUGGAUUAAUGGAUGAUUUUAGAAUUGUUAAAUCAUUCAAAAUAUUCAUAACAACUUUGAGGAAGGUGAACACAGAUCUCGGGAAAAUAAUUUAUACAUAAGAAGAAGAAUUACUAUUAUUUAGAUUCUCUUUCUUUCAUGCUUUUUUUUAUAAUUAAGAAGAAAAGCUUUUAUAUGUUGAAAUUAACUGUUAAUCAUCUCAAUAAUAGAAUAGUGUGAAUUAUAUAUAUGUAAAUAAAAGGCUUUAAAUGCUAUAUUAAAGAAUUUUAUUUAAAUUCUGGAUGCUAAAUUUUCUAAUUAAGUUAAGGGUUUUACUCAGUAGUAUAUGAUAUAACAAAAUGUUCAAUAUUUGAUAAAAAAAAUUUAAAGCUUAACUGAGAAUACUAUAGAAUUAUUACAGGUUUUUGGAGAACUAAAGUUUUAUCUUGAUUAAAUAGAGGAAUGUCUUAAAGAUUUAAAGUUUUGACAAGGAGGUUGGGGGUCGGGAAAUUAUCUCUGUAAUUUAGUACAUAUUAGAGCAUUAUGUGAAGAAUGUGAGAUUUAUAAUGUAAGAGGAGACGGAAAAUCUUUUUAAUAUUAAUAAGACUUGUAUUGUAUCUCUUGUUUUGAUAUAAAAGACAGCAUAAUCCCAUUUAUUGCAGCAUCAAUUUGGUAAUUUAAAUUAUUAUUUAGGUCAUUUAAAUUGAUCUAUAUAACCUUAAGAAGUAUUGAAUGUUUUAAUUAGUUAUUAAAAAUGUUGAAAAUUAUAAUAAAGAAACUAGAAUAAGGUAUAUUUUUAAAUUAUUUUAAGGGCAUAAAAGCCUUUUAAUAAAAAUUUUAUUAAUUUAUUAAUGGAUAUUCUCUAUUAUUUUUACAUUUAACAGAAAAUUUUCCCUUCUAUUACUUUUGUUGAUGCAGCUUGUAAUAUUUCUUAAUCUAUGACUAAUAAUCUAGAUAGAAAGUGA